CAAGGUAAAAUGUCAGUCCCUUCUGCUCGAACUGAGAUUAUUGUGGGCUUCAAUAAAGGUCACAUGCCAACUUUACAAGGUCGCCAGUUUUUAAAUGAUCAUUACGCCAUACACUACAAAAACAAAUUGGGAUUGUGAAGGCUAUUGUUACCGAUCUUGUCGGUUACUCUCUAUUGAAAAGGUAUGUGCAGGAACUUCAUCAUAUCUUAAGGAAAAUAAUACACCAAAGCUGUUCAAAAAACAUUUCGGAAAUUUUGCUUCAGUGAUCAAAAAACGAUCCAAGAUGGAGAAAAUACUGAGUAAUAUUUUCAAGAAAGUUUACCAACCUUUUUAGUUUUGAAGGAGAGCUAUAUUCCGAGUUGUGUGCAGACUAAACAUGUUUCAAAGUAAAAAUCGAUUUUUUUUUUGUUUUAUUGAAGAACAUUCUAGUUUCAUUUAAUAGGAUAUUUUUCAGACAAUAUGUGGAAAUUUCCAAAUAGUGGACCUAUAUUUAGGAGUUAAUAAGGCUUCUUGAUAAUUUUUCAAAAAAAGUUCAACCACCUUUUUUCUUUAAGAUUUACAUUGAAAAUGUCAACAAGUGUAAUGAUUAGCCACAAUGGACUAAUAUUAAUUACACUUAUUGUUUAAAUAAAAGGUAGAGUUACAUGGCUCAAUUGACUAUUACAUAGCCGAGCUUAGCCUACUUUUACUUACGUUUCUUCAAUAAUUUUCCAACAAAGAAUGUUAAUAAUAAUAUUAAUAUAUUUUUUACUAUUCGAUUUAAUAAAUGGUUUUUAACAUAGGGACCAAAAUAUUGAAACAUAUAUAUAUAUAUAUAUUAUAGCUAUAAUGUUACGAUUAUUUCCAACGAA